GUUACCACCAACAACACCAAAUCCCGCGCCCCCUUAGCGAACUUCGCCCCAUUUCCCAGAAAAUCACCCAUGUUCCAGCCGCCUGAAUCACGUGCCAAUCUCGCCACGCACGCGUCAAAUUUGACAUUUGGUCCUAGGUGUUUUGGUGAAUGAAAUUUGUUUAUGAAAGGCUUCAAACCGGGGGCCUGAGUGUUGUUUUGUAGUGAAAUCGUCGUGUCCGCGAAAUUUACAGUUAUGGUUGUGUGAGAAAAGUUUUUGAGUCGCUGACAAGCUCGCACAAUCGUCGUUCCCAUGCUGGAAGCCGUGUAAAAUGGUGGUGAAGAUGCAGAUGAAACGAAACGUGCGAAUUUUGUUAGUGGGUGAUCGAAGUGUCGGGAAAACGUCUCUGAUUUUGUCGUUGGUGAGCGAAGAGUUCCCGGAAAAUGUGCCUAGUAAAGCGGAGGAAAUUACGAUCCCGGCGGAUGUCACUCCGGAGCAAGUCCCCACGAAUAUCGUCGACUUUUCGGCGGCGGAACAAAGCGAUGAAAAUUUAAAUGAACAGAUUAAGAAGGCCAAUGUUAUUUGUGUGGUGUAUGCAGUGGAUGAUGAUGAUAGCAUUGAUAGGAUAUCGUCCCAUUGGUUGCCCCUAAUCAGACUAAAUCACCCGGAUAAACCGUGUCCUGUGGUCCUUGUAGGAAACAAAAUCGAUUUGGUUGAUUAUUCCACGAUUGACGGGGUUUUUCCAAUUAUGGACGAGUUUUCAGAAAUUGAAACCUGUAUAGAGUGUUCCGCCAAAACCCUUAAAAAUAUCUCAGAAAUGUUUUACUACGCACAAAAGGCCGUGCUUCAUCCAACGCCCCCCAUCUACUCUGUAGAGAAAGCUGAUUUGACAGAAGGAUGUAAAAAUGCCCUAAUACGGAUUUUUAAAAUAUGUGACAUUGAUUGUGAUGGUCUUCUUAAUGAUAUAGAAUUAAAUAACUUUCAAAGUCGGUGUUUUAACGCACCUUUGCAGCCACAAGUCCUAGAUGACGUUAAAUCUGUCCUAAGAAAAAAUAUCGAUGAUGGAGUCAGCCAUAACUGCGUUACUUUGAAAGGUUUCCUGUAUUUACAUAGUCUUUUUAUACAAAGAGGACGCAACGAAACAACCUGGACGGUUCUACGGAAAUUUGGAUACAAUGACAGCCUAAACAUGAGCAAGGAUUUCCUUUUUCCUAAUUUGAAAGUGCCGUCGGGCUGCACUACAGAACUGUCCCAUAAAGGCCACCAAUUCCUCACCCACUUGUUUGAAAGGUAUGACAGAGAUCGCGACCACGCUUUAUCGCCCUCGGAGUACGACGACUUGUUUUCGACGUGUCCGACUCCCGCUUGGCCGCCCGAUGUGAGUGCCAUGGUACCGACCAACGAAAAGGGUUGGAUCACAUAUCAGGGUUACAUGUGUCAGUGGGCCCUAAUGACCCUAGUGGACUUACCCCGCACUUUUGAGUAUCUAGCGUACUUAGGUUACAACAUUUAUGAAAACGAAAGUCAAACAACGGCAGUACAAGUAACGAGGGAGAAGAAAAUCGACUUGGCGAAGAAACAGUCGAGUCGGAACGUCUACCAGUGUCACGUGAUUGGGCCCAUGGGGGCGGGCAAGUCGAGUUUCUGCAGGAGCUUUAUCCGGUCGCCGACGCAACAAAAAGCUCCCCAUUUGGAAAACACCGGCACGCCUACGUGUACAGUCAAUGUGGUGCAGGUCUACGGCCAGGAAAAAAUUAUGGUGCUGCGUGAUAUCAACGUGAGAAACGUGUCUGAUCCGUUAUUGCCGCACGAAGUGCAGUGUGACGUGGCCUGUUUGGUUUACGACACCAAUAAUGCGAAAUCUUUUGAAUAUAUCGCACGUAUAUACAUUAAAUAUUUCGCCGAGAGUAAAAUUCCUGUUUUGAUGGUCGCAUGUAAGAGUGAUUUGGAUGAAGUCAAGCAAGAUUAUUUACUACAGCCUAUCACGUUUUGUCAGAAGUACAAAAUUUUACCGCCUCAAACUUUCACAGUCAAGGGACACCUGCGGAAAGAUGUGUUCGUCAAGUUGGCUACGAUGGCUGCUUUUCCUCGUUUUCAAGCGGCUUGGAUUUUAUUUUACAAACACAGUCCUUUGCGUCGCAUGGUUCAUAUGUUACUCUUGCGUCCACAACCAUCCGAAUGGUUUAAUCAGUUUUACAGGAACUUGAGAGAAUUUGGAAUUAUUCCCACAGACACCAGGACGUGGUGGAAGGCGGGGUUAAGUUUAGCUGCCGUCACUGCGGUCGGUAUUAUUGUGGCUAAAGUCUUACACAGUUCGGAAAAAGUCAGAUAGUUUGAGUGUAGAAAAUAAUUUUACUGUAACAAAUAAAAAUCACUAUAAAUAUCAUAA